UCGAAGUCGGAUGUUUCUAGCUCUCGAUUCUCGAUCAAAAGGCAGUGAUUUUUUUUCUAUCGAUAAAGUGUGUUAGAGCGCGUGGUGAUGAGCCCAUCACCGGGUGACCAUCCAAACCGGACUAUUCCGGAAUGGAUGGAUGCCCAAAGUUUGCACGGUCGGUUAUAUUAUUUAACGCUACAAGGUGCUAAGGGAAAACAACUACCAACAAACCCGUUCUUGAUUGGACGUUCCAUCGAGAACUUUGCGGGUAAAAUUGAAGGAGCCUUCUACGAAGAAUCCCGGAACUGACGGUUCACCGAUUAUGAUAGGACGUCAUCCAAGCCUAAACCAACGGAAAUAAGUGGUCACCUGCCGCGAAGUGGAUGGAAUGGAAGAUAAAGAAUUGCUAGAAGAACUAUCUCCUCAAAAAAUCAUCAAUGUACGCCGCAUAACCAAAAAAACUCCUGCCGGAAUCAUAGGAACAUCAACCUUGAUUUUAACAAUUAACAGCACCAUUAUUCCGGAAUUUAUCCAUUUCGGACUACUACGUAUUCGUACACGUAUUUAUUAUUCCCAGCCUCUAUUAUGCCGGCAAUGUUUGCAAUACGGUCACCCUAAGAGCCGUUGCAAAAAUAUGUUAGCUUGCAAAAAUUGCUCUCAAAGUCACGAAAGUGCUGACUGCCAAAUCGAACCCUUUUGUGGGAACUGCAAAAUAACAGGUCAUUCCCCUUUGGAUAGAAAGUGCCCCAUUUGGACAGCAGAAUCUACAGCUUUAAAACUCAGCACCGAUGAAAAUAUCCCCAUUAACGAAGCACCACGAAUGGUACACACGAGCAGCAACACACUCAGCUACGCAAAUGCAGUCAAAGCCAACCAGAAACAACAGAUUACAACACACCAACAAAAAGUUCAAAAAAAAGAAGCACCAAACCAACAGACGAGCCUGAACCAAAAACGAACUUUAGAAAAACCACACACUCCAACAGCACCGCAACAAUCUUUCCAGACUGAGGUGAUCAGUUUGGAUUCGGAUUCACCGCCUCGAAAAAGGACCCCUCUUCCAACCUCUCUUCCAACAACUUCGGCAAAAGAAGUUGUACGUGAAGAAAUCAAAGGACUGAAGCAACUGUCAAAUCACAUACAAACGGACCGUACCGACUUUUUGGAACCAGAACGUCAGUUCCCCUUUGAUUUCAAUGGCAUUUUGGUACCAAAACGUCAGUGCGGUACUGAAAUGUCAGUUCGGGAAUUUCCUUCUCUUUCAGCCCCUUGGAAGAAAUGGUAUCAAACUCUUCUCGAUCAAUUGUGACGCGCAGCAUGCAGCAGGUGCGGCCACCAGAGAUACCCAAAUAACCUCACCUCCUCCCUCCCACUUCCUAUUUCCUUUCAUACCCCUUCCCACAUAUAAUUUAAUUGAAAGUGA